CAUCAUACGGUGACUCACGUACUCUUUGUGACCGUCUCGCGACUCUGGGCCGACACCCAGAGGAAGAAAAGCUUUCAAGACUUUCCUUUUACAAUCCUAAACUCUCUCGGUCAGUUUUGGAAUCUUCACCGGGUGGACUUGAGUUUGCGGGCGGCAGUUGUUGAGGAAGGCAUCAAGCUGGCGUGGCUAAAGCAUAAGAGGGGGUACCAUGCCCAGAGCAUCGGCUCUCUACAAGACCUCGGGCUCGGGUCCAGUCUCCCCGGGUCCCGCCCAGGGUCCGUACACCUCAUGGGCUUCAGGCCCGAGGAUCUGCCCAGCGCCUACACCAGCUAUUUGGACGACGGGGACUCCGACGAAAUUAGCGUAGAUCUGAACUCAGUGUCUGACGGCAGUAUACCAGACAGAGAUGUGGUGGACGAGAAGUUUAAAAGAGUCCUGGACAGAAUGGGUCCGCUGUCUCCCGAGCGACAGGAGGAACUACAGCACCUGUCACAGGAGGACAAGUGGCGUAUGGUCAUGGAAAAGCGCCCGAAACAGAAGCCUGAGUUUUACGUGGAGCAGUUACAGAAGAACAUGAACCCUGCCCUGCGGAAGGCCAAGCCGUCCAAACGCCUGCUCAAGUCACUAGUCCCCACCUCGCGACUUCUACCGGACCUGCAGUACGACAUAGAAAUGUCUCAAGGAAAUUUUGUGAAGGAGUUUGUGGGCAGUCCUCACCACGGCAUGCGGCGUCUGGUCGCCUUUCUGAAGGACAACUCACUGAAGCACAGCGGUACCCUCAGCCUGGCCGUCAUCUCAGGCAAGGACACGGGGGACUCCCGCAUCAGGAAACAGAUGGAAGACGAACACAACUGUCUACUGUGUCUCAAGGCCCUGGCUGAAACAGAGUGCCUCUCUGUGCUUGUUGAGGAGCCGGUCAACUUGGAGACCAUCGCCCUGAGUCUCAUCAGCAGUCACCACGAGACUAGGACGAUUGCUCUGCAGAUCCUGACGAAGUGUACGGGGCACCACAACGGUCCCGGGGCGGUGCUGAGGAGCCUGUUUUACCUGAAGCUGCAGGUCGGGGAGACGCACAGGUUCAAACAGCUGGUCAACAUGCUACAGGCAGAGUCAUGCCGCAGUUCAUUCAAGCUGGCCUGUUUGACUUUUUUCAACUCCCUCCUGAUGUCAGUAGACGACAUGAACGCACGUGUGUACCUACAGUUCGAGUUACACCUGUCACGGUUCGACCCCAAGUCUAUAGACAAGUCUAUCGACGACGCAGACCCGCUCAGCAGCGCCAUCAGGCGAGAGUUGGUGAACUGGCAGAACCGGUACAUCCACGUGCAGAACGUGGUGGACGAGUCACUCACGCUCAGGCAGAGGGGAACCAUUCUCAGAGAUGAGAUCGACCUUCUAAACGGCAAAAUUCAGAACGCUGCAGAAGAGAAGAAAGUACUGGAAAACAAACAGAAGGAGGCGCUACAGAAAUGCCAGGAGUUUCAGCAGAAGACGCUGGACCUACAGGAGUCUCUGGACCGGCUCAUGGAGCAACAGGUACCGAUUCUCUACAAUUCCCCCGAAAUUCCCACAAUCGUGGAGCCCCAUGAGGAAGAAGUGACAGCGCCCGAGACUGUAGAAAAACCAGCGCGUCAGAAUCCGCCAGAAUUCGCUAUUCCGAGACCUACGGUUAACAUUCCACGCCCGCCGCCUCUACCCGACGGCUUUUCCACCACAAGAUCCAAUUAUUUCGGUGAGAGGAGAUCGAAAAGCAUGUCCUCAUUGCUGGAAAUGGCAAACGACGAAAAGGAAACCCCUAAAGUCAACCUCCCAACUUUGAACUGGAGCACCCUGGACUCGGUGGGAAGUUCAAUAUUCAAGACAAUGAGUCCGGACUCCGUCCUGGAUGAGGCGGACAUUGCCGAACUGGAGGCAGCCUUUCAACUCAAGCCCGAGGGUACCCCAACCCGACCCCCGGGAGGCGCCUCCAUCCCCCCACCCCCUGCCCCUCCACCGCCGGGAGUCACCUCACCGUCAGGGCGGAAAGCAUCGUCUUCCAAGCUGAUGUUAGUGGACCAGAACAGAGCCAAGAAUGUCGAAAUCACCCUGCGACGGGUGGGCCGGCCGACGCCUGACAUCAUCAGGGCUAUCCGGGUGUGCGACACUUCCGUCCUGCCGGGGGAGAAUGCCGAACUUCUGCUCAAGUACCUCCCCAGGAAAGAUGAGAUCACACUGCUGAAGGAACAUGCAGACAGGCACAAUCGUUUCGGUGAGGCAGAAAAGUACUUCUAUGAGUUAACAAAAAUCGAAGGGUACGACUUGCAUCUACGCCAGAUGGCCUUCCAGGAACAAUUGAGUGAACUCCUACAGACCACAAAUGCACAUAUCCAGAUAGUGUCUGAAGCGUCCCUCUGUGUACUAAGCAGCUGGAGGCUCCGCAAACUGUUUGAGGUAAUCCUGGCUCUGGGAAACCAGAUGAACGGGCACAGACGUAACCCUGCCAGUGGGUUCAGACUCGAGUCUUUGGAGAAGCUGAAAGAGGUCAGAACACCUGACAAGUCGAAGACGCUUCUGGACUUUCUUGUGGACAUCGUGGAGAAGAAAUUUCCCGACGCGCAUCUGUUCUAUGAGGACAUGCAGAUCGAACUGGCUAAAGAAGUAUCGUUCCAGGCGGUCGCGCUGGACGUCCAGACCCUGAGGAGAGGCAUGGAGGCGGCUAAACAGAUCCGUGAGAACGAACCUGACAACGCCGCUGUAGCCGCCUUCUACAAGGAUAACGUCCAGGCCGUGUGGACUGCCGUGGACAGUUUCCGGCAGAUGGAGGACGCGUACAGGGACGUGUGCGCCAUGUUCGGGGAGAACUACAAGAUGACAGACCCAGACAAACUCUUCGGCAUGUUGGACGACUUCAGCAAGAGUUACAAGAAAACGGCGGCGGCAAAAGUUUCCAGUUCGCGUUUCCUGAAGGGGACCGUCAUCCCGCUAGCCACUAUCGGGCAGCAGGUGGCGGCUGAGGCCAGAAAACGGGGAGUGGACAAGCCCAAGUCGUCGGAAACGAGUGGUGAUGACCAGUCGUCACUGACACGCAGAACGUCGGACGCGAAGGAAGCUAGUACUACACUGGAGAGUAAGGAGACAACCAAAGAUGAACCGGACAUUUUGGCUAGCGUGUUGGAACUCCACUCGCAAUCUGACGACGAAAUCACUAACAAAUCAACAACAACGAAUGAUAGUAGUUUGAGACCGGGAGACAAAGACUCGAGUACGGGGACGCCGUCUGCGAACGGGCCAAGCUGUGAAAGUCCCUCCUCGCUGACCACCGUUCUCGACUUAGUGACCAACACGGAAGACAAGCACGCCGGCAGUGUCCCACCCAGAAAGAGUGACCAACAACAGCAAAACGGCCCACGUAUCAAUGAAGGCAAGCCAACUACCAUCGUGAAUUCUCCCUCAAAGUUUGUCGUCACCGGCGGGUCGCCAAAAAGCAAAGAACCCGUGAUGAGUAGUCGCACUUCAAAUGAGUUCAUGUUCUGAUAAAGAUAAAAGUCGCAAGACU